AUGUCGACGUUCGAGCAGGUUGUCGUCAUCGAUGGCAAGGGCCAUCUCCUUGGCCGACUCGCCUCCAUUGUCGCCAAGCAGCUCCUUAGCGGCCAGAAGAUUGUCGUCGUCCGCUGCGAGGCUCUCAACAUCUCUGGCGAGUUCUUCCGCGCGAAGCUCAAGUACCACGCCCACCUCCGAAAGAUCACCCGAUACAACCCCACCCGCGGAGGUCCUUUCCACUUCCGUGCUCCUUCCCGAAUCUUCUACAAGGCCGUCCGUGGCAUGAUCCCCCACAAGACUGCCCGUGGUGCCGCCGCUCUCGAGCGCCUCAAGGUCUUUGAGGGUGUCCCCCCUCCCUACGACAAGAAGAAGAAGAUGGUCGUUCCCCAGGCUCUCCGUGUUCUCCGACUCCAGCCCGGCCGCAAGUACUGCACCGUUGGCCGUCUGAGCCACGAGGUUGGCUGGAAGUACCAGGACAUUGUUGGCCGAUUGGAGGACCGAAGAAAGGCCAAGGCCGCGGCCUACUACGAGCGCAAGAAGAUUGCUGCCCGACAACUCUCGGACGCCAAGAAGACCGCCGCCGUCAAGGACGAGACCACCAAGGCCCUCGCUGCCUUUGGCUACUAA